GGGUUUCAUUUCUCUCAGCAACUUCCAGACCGAGCGUCUCCAGCACUUUCUGUUUUCUUUUUAAAUAUAAUUUAUUGCUUCAUAGUCUGCUGUGGCUUUUGGACAUUUUCUUUUCUCUCUAUCAUAGGGACAGCAGACCCAGUUCGGGAUUCCCCACGUAAUUUCCAAUUAUUCUAUAAUCAUAGACCCUCCCUCCUUGCUGGUACUGCACAGGGCUCAGACAGAGGCAGCUCGGAAGUGAGUCGGCGCAGGUCCCCGGUUGAGAUCCGUUACGAAAACCAGCAAAAUUCAAGCAGUGCAGGAUUGAAUUCGUUCUGUUCGAAGAAUUUGAAUUUGGUUUUGCAGUAAAGCAUAAAUCCUUAAAAUUACUGUGGUUCAGACUGGAGUUCAAAACCAUUUAACCACAACUGGUUAGAAUCAUGAACAAAUUUAAGAGGCUCUUUGGCACUUCAUGUGUUACAAGGACAAGCAUUAUUGAGGAUAAUGGCAACAAGGCUACUACUGAAAAAGAUCUGAAACCACAGAAAGCUGACCCUUCAAGAAAAAGUCAUAAACGAAGCACUGGUAAGAAAUAUAAUCUCCUCACAGCAUGUUUUUCAGUGCCUUCCCACAAUAUGGCAUCAGACACUGAAGAGUAUUUGGAUUCAACAGACAACAUUGUGGAUAUUUUGGAAAUCAAUGGCCAACUCUGGCAUUCAAUAAGACUGCUGCAAGAAAAAGAAAUUAAAGAACUUAUUGAACAAAAAAGAUAUUUCAAAGCUGACCAGCAUCUCAUCAAGUUAGAAUAUGAGCAAUACAUUAAUGUGAUGACAAAUGAUGAAGGCACCAGAAAGGAAAUGAAAGAACUUAAUUCAUUGUAUGAGCUGCUUAGUGCUGAAAUUUUCAAUGUAGUAAAAGAGUCAAUUAACAUUUCCAAAGAACAACCAAAUCUCUUGAAAAUGGCAGUCCAAGUGAAAAUCCAAGAAGAGAAAGCAGAUCAAAUAUACCUGGAAGAAAAGGAAAAAUUUGGAAGCAUUCCAGAGUUUAGGCCAAGACAAUGGGACACUAAAUGGCUAAGCAUUUUACAGCAGUCUGUGAACCAAAGAAUAAGUGAACCACCCAGUGUUUCCGAUGACAAUAAGAUUAACUGGCUAGACCAGUGUUUGGUGCAACUUCGUCGCCAACUCAAAGCAGAUUUUGACACCAUUGUGAACUACAUUAAUCCAUGUUAUCCCAAGGAAUACAAUAUAUGUGCAAAGUAUGCUGAAUACUAUCAUAAAAAAGUUUCUUCCCAUAUCUCAUUAUUAGCAGAGAGUGGACUGAAAGGAAAAGAAGUUUAUCCGCUUCUGUAUUGGAUUCAUAAGUGCUAUCCAGACAUAAUGAUUGCUGUCAUACCAUCCGAAGAUACACGCCAGAAACUGUUGAACACAUUGCUCCCAGAAAAGACAAUUAACCAUUUCAAAAAUGAGUACCUUUCUGUUUUACAGUCAGAUGCUAGAAUGCAUAUGACAAAAAGCCUGCAAAUUGAAGAAGAGAAUUGGAGAAGUGAAAAAGAGCCUUUGGUACUGAAUGAUUGUUACCACAGCGAAUUACCGAUUGAUAUAAUUCAGAUAAUCAGUGGAGCAGUUCAAGACUCCAGAACAAUCGCUAGUGAACUGGGUGACCAAGCACUAAAUAUAAUGCUGGAAGAAGCAAAUUACUUCCUGGAAAGUUUUCAGAGAUCAACAGAGAAUUUUGAAAAAAGCCAUUUGAACCAUCCAAACUUCAUUUCUGUCAUAAUCUCAGUGAUCAACAGCUGUGAAUCUAUCAGAAACCACCUUAAUACAAAUGAGAAAAUCACAAAUCUUGUGUUGAAAGAGAACAUCCUUUCAGUUCUGAAUGAAAUGGAGAGGAAGAAAAAAGACAUUAUUUUAAAGACCUUGUUUUGUGAAUUAAAGCCUCACUGUAAAAAGCUAGUAUCAGAAAAAUGGUUUAAGUGUACAGAACCAAUAAAUGAAAUAUCUGCAAUAACAGAGAAGCAUCUCUCAGAAUUAAAGAAAUUGAAAGCACCGCAGUAUCAGGAUCUAUUGAUGGAAAUCCACAAGCAGCUUAUUACAGAAUAUGUCCUUCGGAUUAUGAAGAGAAAGUUGAGUUGUAAAACAGAAAACCAAGAGAAACAAGUGGCAGACCAGAUACAGAUAGAAACUCAACAGUUACAAAAAUUAUUCAGUUUCUAUGGAUCUGCAGAUACCAUUCUCAAAUCAGCCCUCCUUAAAAUAGCUGAAAUCAUCAGACUGAAAGAUGUAGAUGCAAUUGUGGUGGAAGUAGCUGCACUCUUUCGAGAUUUCCCAGAUGUUGGAAAAGAACAUGUUAGAGCCAUCUUGCACUUGAAAGUCAGUGUGAAAAAAUCAGAUGAAAAGAAGAUUCUGAACAUUCUCAACACACCAAUGAAUAACUCCGACUCUCCCAUGAUGAGCAAACUCUUUUCCAACCCUACCUUACUUAAGGCUCUCUAGAAAUCAUCUGGUAACCAUCAAAAGGGUGAUUUACUUUAGUAAACAAACACAUCAAUGUUGGAUAUAGCGUGUUAUAUAGCGUGUUAGAACUUUUCCAGUUCUGACACACCCACCAACCUGUGGUUGAUUGCCUAAUUAGAGACAUAAGUACUUCAUUUUAUGGAGCACCUAUCAUGUCCAAAGCAGAUCUGAAAUAACUUUACUACUUUAGGGAUUUCUCAUUACAUUGUCAUUGAACAUACCGGGUCUUAUACGUGUUAAAAUGCAAAUGUCAGAAUGAAUUUAUCUCUAAAUUACGGUUGUACAUUAAGAUUAGGGAUAGCAUGCUGUAAACAAGGUGAGAUAUAUUGACAUUCCACUGUUAGUUUGGAUUCUGCUGCUGCUUUGACACCAUUAUUCAUUAAAACAAAGUGGUAACAAUGGUGCGUUUCAUUACCAAAUCAUAUUGACUGAUUCUGCUCUCAAGUAGUUGGAAGAGCAAUAGAUGAGGAAUAGUCUGUCUGACAAAUAAUAGACAGGAGAGACAGGCUGACACGAAACAGAGCAAGUGCUGUAAUAUGAGGUCCUGAUUGGGUCCGAAAGCCACACUGGUUCAAAUUCAAGACAACGUUUGUACAGAAAGAAAAAUCAUUCUGAAAUGUCAGGAAUAUAGUCCACCCAAAGCUUUUUUGUAAAUUUUUAAUUUAUAUUUUCAUAAGACGUGCUUAUUCCUGACAAGGCCAAUGUUUGUUGCCCAUUCCUAAUUGCCUUUGAACAGAAUCAUUUGUCAUGCCAUUUCAGAGGCAAGUUAAUAGUCAACCAUCUUGCCAGGGAUCUGAAUUGACAUGCUGGUCAGACUUAGUUAGGAUGGUAGAUUUCCAUCCCUGAAGGCUGGAAAACAAGAUGGGUUUGUCCAACCAUCUGGUAGAUUCAUGAUUACAAAAAGUAAGACUAGUGUUUUUAUAUCAUUUUUUAAAAUUAAUUACAUGAGGUUAUACACUCACAACUUCCAUGAUAAGUUUUGAAGUUUGUAUUUUCUUUUCUUAUAGUGUGUAAAACUGAGUGGGAUGAGAGAAUUAUGCUUAUAGCCAUGGCCACUUGCUCUGUAACAAAGAAGUAUCAUGAUUCCCAUCUGAUAAUUGAUUUUACAAUAGCUGUAGUUAUUGUGAUCUCAUGAACCUGAGCAUAAAAACAAUUAACAGAUUAUUCUUUGAAAUUGAGUUUUUGUUAGAUCGUAGAAUCCCUAUAGUGUAGAAGCAAGCCAUUCAGCCAUCAAGUCCAUACUCAUCGUAUGAAAAGCGCCCCGCCCCGGCUCUCCUACCAUAUCCCUGUAACUCUGCCUUUUCCCUGGCUAAUCCAGCUAGCCUACACAUCCCUGGACACUACGGACAAUUUAGUCUGGCUAAUUUAGCUCAGCUGCACAUCUUUGGGCUGUGGGACGAAGCCCACACAGAUACAGGGUGAAUGUGCAAACUCCAGACAGACACUCGUUCGAAGCUGGCAUCAAACUCUAGUGCCCAGUGAUGUAAGACAGCAGCACUAACCACUAAGCCACACUGCCACCCAUAAAUAACCAUAGCAGUCUACUUGAAAUUUAAAAGUGCCCGUUGAGAAUGAUGUUGGACAGUGUGGCCUUCCCCACUGGAAUGAGAUUUUAAACCACAUACAACUUUUACAGUGAAAGUUUUGAGCCUCGUAGAUGAAGGUGAUUGUUUUCACCAUUAUACCAUGUACUCCAUAGUUAUACAAAAAAUCUCAGGUUAUUUUUGACUCUAUAUUCUGGACUGAUGCACCUCAUGGUUUAUUUCACUCUGAAAAUUUCAACAUUGACAGAGAAUUCUGUUACAAAAAUCUGGACUUUUAAAGUUUUUUUUGAUAUGACAUGAGGUGUAAUAUUUACAAAGAAGUAAAUAUUUAUCAGUCAAUUACUGGUAGACUUUAUGUAUGCUUGUUUAAUUGGAUCAUAGACGAAAAAUUUUGACAUGAAGGGCAUGUAAAUAAGACUGGAACCAGAAGAUAAAGUAUUUUAAAUACAAACAAUUUUCUCAAUUUGGAUUAUGAAGUUUAUUAUUAUUUUCUAGGUCAAUUGUCACAGAUCACUAGAUUUCACAUCUUAGUAGGUGAGGUACAAUUAUUGAGUGUCUUGUGACAUGACAAUAAGACAGCAAUAGCUGUGUUUUUUUUACCAAGUAUUAAAUGCGGAUUGUGUUUGGAGCUAAUGAGCCUCUUUGAAAACAAUAACUUCGAAAUAACCAUGGAUGGCACCAGAGAGUGAACUGCCAACAAUUCUGCAAUACCGUAAUUAGCAAAAUUUAAAUAGUUUAAUAACCAGACUAAACAGUAGGAAGGGAAAAGCCAGGUGACUGUCAUAAAUAUUUGCGAUACUGUGAACAUUUAUUUUGGUCUACUGUAUUUAAAUUGUUGGUAUUUUAACAGCUAGCCACCUGUGACAGCGUUAAAUAAUACCUGUGUUAUAAUUAAUGUAAAUUUUCUUCAAUUGUCCUUCAGAUAAAGUAUACAGAUACGGCUAGAUAAAUGUUUCUGCACAGAGUUUUAAAGAACUAAGAAAUGUUUGUGUAGUUUCCAAAUAUACCCAGAAGUGAAAUAUGCAUGUACUGUACUUAAAAUUUCCAAUAUCAACAACAAUUGCUAUGUCAAAUUCAAAAUCCAAUUUUGCACGCUCGUGUUCUAAUAUUACUUAUACAGUAUUAAAAAUCUUUGUUUUUGCUUUUGUUUUCUAAUGCAUAUGUGAAAUAAUGUGUCAUUUAAACAAUUUUCUGCAAUAUAUUGUCUGUUGGAAACAUAUUGGAAAGUUUGAUCACAUAGUCACUGGCUAUAUUCUGGUGCUUCAACAGUAAAUAAAAUGUGAUAGUUAUUCAA